UUGUGGUUGUCAGAAAAAAAAAUAAACAUCAAAACAUUGAUCGAUCGAUUCGAUCACAAAAGUAUAAAAUGUUGUAAAUUGUUAGAAAUAAAGCUACAGUCUAAAAGACAACGUAAUCAUGUUUAUUUUUGUGAAGAGAAAUAUUCUCCAGACUCUGUCGUUUAUAUCAGGCAUCGGUUUAGUAACAUGUAUCGUUUUACACUGCACCACAAAAAUUUCACCAUUAACUGGAAUAUCGUUUCCUGGUUACGUGCUAGGUGUAUUUCUGGUUUGCGUACAUAUUACUUUUAGGUUUAUUCAGGCUACGAUGCUUUUGCAAAAGCCUAUAAAGUAUGAUUUGGAUGUUAUAAUGGACGAGUAUCCGUAUAUGACGGUGGUGAACGAGCUGAUUCGGAAGCGGCGUAAGAAGAAGUCUCGUGUGUCGGAGAUUCGGGAGUAUGACACGGAUGAGCUGAGCGUGAUCUCGACGGUGCUGGAGCGAAAGCUGGUGUCGUCGUGGUACGUGCCCUACAUCUCGCAGGAGAUCGGGUUCCCCUUCGCGUGUAAACAAAUGUUGGAUCAAAUGAUUGGCAAAAGCUUUCAGAUCUGCAACAAGAUAGAAAUCAAAGAUGUGUACGUAGAUUUGACCACCAUCUUGACGAGUCACCUGAAUGAGUACCAGAGAGCUCAGAAACGUCAAGAGAACUCACUUAGUAUUCCAGUGGAAAACUUUUACAAAAAGUCUCACCCUGUUUUUAACCCUGCUAAUAAGCUUCAGCCAGCAGACCACUGUACCAACUUACUCCGCAUAGUAUUCAAAGAAUUGAUCCCCUGGGAACUCUGGGACACGCCACAUUCGGAACUACUAGUACGCAUCUUAUCAAAGAAACUCGACAACUUCAUAGACAGCACUCUAGCCGACCCAAGAUGGCUGAACGAUAAGUUGCUAACAAUUCUGCAAGGAAUACAGGAACCAACAGUUUUUGAAGUGAAGAAAGAACCGGAAAAGGCCCCAGUGCCUGAAGAAGUACCAAAAGGAAAAAAACCUGAACCGGUAAAUACAGUUACCGAAUCACCACCAGUUGUACCUAAAAAUACAGUUAUGCAAGUGGUUCAAGAGGAUUCGAAAGUUGAAACGGAAGUGGAGAAGAUAGAGAGUAUUGUAGAAGAGGUACCGGUGACUAGUUCAGAGCCUGUUGACAUAAAGACCUCACCUGUUUUGAGGCAGAGGCGAGGCAGGCAAGGCAGGAAUGAAGUCAAGAUCUACGAUAGGAUUAUUGAAGGCAGUGUAAAAACCUGGGAGACAGACAUAGACCUGCAGUGCAUCAGCCUGGGCCAGGACCUGCUGGCGAGCCUGGACGGGGAGAUCACGCUGUCUCGCCUGUGGGGGCACGAUAAUGACGGCUCCCCCAACCCGCCGCGAGGGAAGAGCCCGCAGCCGCUGUGGUUCGGCGAAGAAGAGACAAUAGAAGUGGACCCGCUAGACGCCAACAUAUUCAAAGACCAGCAAACAAAGAAGGAACAGAGUCCGAAGCCCGCGGACGCCUUGCUGAAGGACCUGCAGUCCACCGUUAGGGAGGCCAAGACCAAGAUAGGGGAUCUACAGGUGUCCCACACACUUGCCUUAGAUGUGCCCCGCAAGCAAAACUCCAGUGAUGAAGCGGCCGGCAUGAUGGAAGGGCUCCUGGACUUCGGCAUCGCUGGCCUCAAGAAAGGACUCCGAUUUACUGGACUCAGCGAUGACUCGGACAAGUCUCCCUCGCACCGAGCCAGCGAUCGCUCGCCGCCGGCCGAGCCGCGCCCGAUGAUUGCCGAACAUAAGGAACCACAUACUAAGGAGAACAAUAACGGACAUAGAGAUGAGAACAACGUGCCACAAUUAGUGAAGCAGCACAGAGUGACGUCACAGGAUAUCGUGCCAUCUUUGCCGCGUGCUGUGCCCCGCGCCGAGGGUCUGCCGGCGCCGCUGCCGGAUUCGCCCGAGCCGGAGUACGAGGAGGCGGCCGACCUCUCCACCAGCAUCGCCAAGCUGCGCUGUCUGCUGCAGCAGCGCGCCGAGACCAGCCCCAGGGCGGAGCGCGCGGAGGAGGUGUGGUGGGAGAGCGCGGAGGAGACACGCGGCCGCGCGCAGCAGCACCACUCGCUGCGGCCCGUCGACACCGCCACGCUCGCUGAUGAAUACGACAUGAACAUGGAACACAGGAACUCGUCACCCAGUCAGACUUCUAACAAUAUGCAGAGACUCGACAAACUGUUCCAGCGCACAGUGACGGGUGUGUUCAACUCUCUGAAGACGGCGGUGGGUGCUGAAGGGGAGCAACCAACCCGCACGCUACACGACUGGACUUAUGUCGCUACGGCUAUAGAUCUUAAUGUAUGCGGCGCGGUGUCGCGGCUGGUGGGGUCGCGUCGCGCGUGCUCGCACGUGGAGGCGGCGCUGGACUCGCUCGACCAGCUGCCCGCCCACCGCCGCCUGCCCGCACACGAGCCCGUCGACUACGACGAGUGGUGCGCGGCGUGCGGCGCGGGGUGGAGCGGCUCGUGCGCGGUGCUGGCCGCCACGGGGCUCAUGAAGUCACAUGUCGCACACAGGCUCGCCACCAUGAUCAUUGCGGACAUAGGCGAGGCUCUCAUAGACGUCUGGCUGUCGGACUUAGCAGCCUGGCUGCGGAAGCAGGUGUUCGUGGUCUUCGAACAGAUGCAGAAGGACAGCGACUACUUCCAGCCCAAGGAGAACUUGAGACCUUUCGACCUGGAUGAGACCUGCGAGGUGCUCAUGAAGAAAUUGCCAGCUGUAAUGUACGCGUUCGGAGCCGAGAACCUGUCCCCGGCAGUCCGCCUCCUGGUCACCAGCCUGUCUUCCAAGCAGAUCAACAGUGACGUCACAUACCGCGCCCUCGACAUACUCGUCGCGCACUUUAAAAAAUCUGCCGCCCUUAGAAACCCUUCCUUUGAUAAUAAUUAGAUUACCUGCACUAAUAUUAAUAUUACUAUGGCCUGUUAACUUCCAAAAAAUAUGAUUAAAAUAAUAUAGUGUAGUUUUACCUGACUGCAAAGAAGUGUUUGGCAUGUAUAUUGAAGGCGUGGUAAUCGAAUCUUCUAAAAUCUAAAUGGUCAAUGAUGAUAAGUAAAAAGUAUGUAUAAGAUACUGACUUGAUUUAGUGCCAAUUUAAAGUGAACAAAAUCAAUUUAAGAAAUCUUGUGAAACCCGUUAUUGCCUGACAUAUUGAUGAUUUCAUAUAAUACCACUGACCUCUAUAUUUACCACUGGACAGGCUGUUGUCAACGUGCUUUUGUGCCCGUUUGAUAAUCGCCAUUUUGGCGCUGUUAGACGUAGCGAGUGUUCGUGGUACUAAAAUUAUUUUACAGUGAACCAAUGAACAAACACGUCUCUCGCAGCCAUUUGAAAUUAUACGUCAAAAUUAGUUCUGUAAAAUCACUCGCUUAGACGAUAUUGGCGCUUCAAAUGGGCACAAAAAAAUUGCUGUCAAACGUACGGAACAGCCGGUCCAGUGUGUAAAUAUAGAGGUCAGUGUAUAAUACACAUCCAUUCCACUAUGAUAUCAAUAGUUUUACAGCAACAGAUCUCAUUGAUAUAACUUACUGUAAUUAUUUUAAUAUUUUACAUGUUGUCUACUUACCACCGAGAUUAAAGUACAUACUUUUAACCAGUGGAGUAGCGUGGCUGUCCGUUGCCCGGGGCAGAAUACGUUGAUGGUGAUGAUGAUAGUAAUGAUGGUGAUGAUGAUGAUGAUAAGGAAUAGGGAGUGCACCUGCGUCUGCGCAAAUGCUCGUGCACUAUAAUACGUCCUGCGCAGCUGGCUGAUCUCCUUAUGGAGGAUAGCUGCCGUGGCCGACAAUCGGCAGGACGUCAUCAAUAUUAUUAUUUUUUAGUUUUGUAUGGUUCUAGUCUAAUUUCAGAUCUGAUGUUAAAAUGCUGAGAUUAAAAAAAUAUCGUGAUUUUAUUUUAUUUUGUUUGAUGUUAUAAUAAUUAUGUGAAUUGACAUUCCGUUUUUAUACUUAGUUGUAAACUUUAUUUUACUAUAUGAUAAGCAAAUUAAUGUACCUACAAUGUUUAAUCGUUAUUAAUAAAGGAUUUCAUGAAUUCAA